AUAACUGGAGGAACAACAACACAAAAAAUUCCCGAGCACGUGUUUUGUUUUAUUCUGUAGUUGAACGCUGACAAACUAAUCAUUUGUUAAGUAUUAAUUAAUCUGUCAAUGAUUAAUGCAUCUUUUUUUUUUCGUGUAGUAGAAGUGCGAUAGAAGUGACAGUAGUCGAAUCCGCAUUUGAGAUUUGACUUCGAUACUAAUUAAAGUUUUGUGAGAUGUAGAUCAAACAUGAAGAUGUAAGCUGGAUCUAUGGACACAAAAAUUGUGAAGUUAACUUUCAGUGAAGUGCUAUUUUCCCGAUUUUUGUUUGUCUGUUCGUGGAGAACGGCCUAGUUUUAUGCAUCUAGGAUUUACUAGCAGCCUGGCCUUCCUGGUCAACACAGUGACCAUUAUAUGCGGUCACCUAUGUCUUACAGAUCCACCGCAGAGACUGAAAACGGGCAAUAAAACAAUGGUGGACUGUUUUCAGAACUCCAACCCUCCUUGUGGUAAAGACUUCCCAUCCACUCCCUCAGACAAUCCAGUCACCCUCAGGCCAGGCAGUGAGUACGCUGUCCAUCUACACAUGCCAACAAGACAUUUUAACCCUAAUGUACAGGGCAGCUACGUCAUCAACAUACAGCUCUCCGGCUCACAGGAGUUCAUUGCAUUAGGAAAAUGGCCGGACGGUCCUGAAGAGUAUAAAAUUUUAACGGUCAAAAUUCCGAAACAGUCUGGUCAGCAUUUGCUGCAGGCCAUAUACCAACCUGCCGGGAGAGCCUACUACAGCUGUGCUGACGUUCAGGUGCUGGACGAGGUGACCGCAGACUCCAACCAACCCGCUCCGUUUUCUGCCAUGGGGAACAGUGCGACCACGACCACCAUUCAACGCCCUAUCAUUCCUCUAGUGACGCUCCUGUUUUCUUAUAACAGUUUUGUGUGUUGGAUUUGAUAACGCUGCCAUCUGUCAUGAAGUGUCCAGUUCUUAUGAGAUCAAAAAAAAAAGAUACCUUUAAACUACUUUGUAUCAACGCUAAAGCGAAUGUUAAAGCUUAUCUUUAGUUUCGUGACAUUAAAUACUUGAUAAAAUUA